AUGUCAGCGGGCCAGUUCCCCAUGCUGAGGGCCCAACUCCCGGCCUCUGGGCUGAUGGAGGAAGGGCAAAGUCGUUCCCAGCUCUGCCACAUGCAGGCCAAGCUCAGCAGUGCCUGGGCUCCCGCCUUCCAACCACUGGCCCAGCCUGAAGCUCGCCUCCACGGGGGAAAGUACUCUCUCCUUCUCCAGGAUGCAGACGUGGUCCUGGAGCAGACUCUGACCUGUUACCUGGGCCACGUCCCGUCUCCCACCUCCACGUUCUCCGACCUGAACUUGGCGGGAGCCGCGGCAGAACACCAGGGCCACACCGCCGCCCACCCCUCCCAGCCGCCCCUACAGGAGUGA